AUGCAUUCGUACCACGCAUCGUUGAAGACACAAGAAUCGGGUAGCCGUAAGCGCCGCAGAACCGAGGAUGAUGAUGUAGAGGAUAUCAUGCCUCGAUACGUCAUUCUCCACCGGGUCGAUUGUCCCCUUCCGCCCAAGCCAAUGCACGAGAAUCACUUGUCCGGGCAGUUGUUCUGGGACCCGCCUCGCCUAUUCAAAGGAGACAUGAGGAACAGUGCUUUGCGGGGCACUCAACCGCUGAACGACAUUGACGCGUAUCUCGAGGAUAAUCCAGAUGUCAUCUUCAUAGUUGAGAGAGCAUAUAACUGCGCAGGCUACCAUGAGUCGGAGGAGAUUUCACGAAUGUUCACGAGGCUUGCUAAUGCUUCGCAAUAUCGCCGGAUACCCAGCAGCAUGCGAUCAUUCUUGUAUGCAAUAGAGGAAGAUCUCCAACCUGCUCUUCCGGCAAGCGAGCAAAUCUGCCGAUUUUCCCAGGUCCUUCUCAAUGCUCUGACGUCCAUCGAAGAGGUGGACUUCCCACCAGACGUUGAACCUUGGCAUGACGGUCAUACUCUGAGCUCUCCGUAUCUGCCUUUCUAUUUUGGCAGAAAGGCCCUACAAGAAGUAGUCAACAGCUCAAGCGGCCUGGAGAGCCAGCAGAUAGGUGCACUAAUGCAUUAUCUGGAAUCGAGUUUCGGCGAGGAGUAUAGAGAGGCGGAUGACCUCUUCGAAAGCGGUUAUGUCUCACAAAGGCAUUUCCAAAAGCUUUUUGGCCCAAGAGACGUCGUGGUCAUCGAGGAUGAUGGCCAUCACAUCGGUCUCACAGUACAGAACUGCCCUCGGUUUGAAUACCAUAUGCUCACACUGAAAUGUGAGACCUGGAGUUUCCACGGGAGCUUUCAGAGAGACGAAAGGGAUAUCAUGGUGCAUUUCCCGAUGAGUCCGGCGAGGUCGGAAAAAGUUCCUAUCUCAUCUCUUACCGCUAUCCCUCUACGCUUUGAUCGCACUGGCCUGGAAGAACGGUUGAUGAGGCGCGGAAGGUUCUUCUGGAACUGCAGAAAGGGGGGACUAGUAACCUCUAUUGCCCCAAGGCGCGGUUUCGAGAUCAGGCUGAGCAAUCCCCGUUACAUGAUUGACAUGGCAACAUAUAAUGAGUUACAUGGGAAAGAUCAAGAGAAGGAUGAGGAAGAAGAACUGACACCGCCCAAGCCACCUCGGAGAGAUGACUUGGGCCCAGAUGCGAUGGAAAGUGACGAAGCCCCUUCCGGGUCGUUCGUCCUGCUGUUACCCCCCACUAUUCCAGCCUUCAGAUUUCACGACAAAAAAUGGCAGACCCUACCGGUGGAAUAUCUUCUUGCCGUGAAUUGGGAUAAAAGUGCAUUUCGAAGACUGGUCCUCGACCCGGAGAAGAAAGACCUUAUCCAGGCACUAGUGCAAAACCACCUUGCGAACACUGUUAGUAACUCAGCUGACCUGAUAGAGGGCAAGGGUAAUGGUCUUAUCAUAUUGCUGCAUGGUGGACCAGGAACAGGUAAAACGCUUACGGCAGAGAGCGUCGCGGAAUUGGCAGAGAGGCCGCUGUACCGCUUGACUUGUGGAGAUAUCGGAACGGAUCCAGAGACCGUCGAGAAGAGCCUAGAAUGGAUUUUCCAGUUGGGAACCUUAUGGCAAGCGGUUGUCUUGCUUGAUGAAAGUGAAGUAUUCCUCGAGGAGAGGUCCCAGGCCGAUCUACAACAGGUACACUACAGGCCCAUCUUCAUAUUACCUACCAAGGAGCUAAUCGUAACAGUGGGCAUCUUUGAUGAGGCCUUCAAGUCCCGCAUACAGCUAGCUAUAUAUUAUCCUCCACACGAUGAUGAUCACAGGAUACAGCUCUGGGAGAAUUUUUUCAAUCUUCUUAGAGAAGAUAUGGAAAAAGACCCAAGUCUGCAGAUUGAACUAGAGGACUUGCAGAGGAGUGUGCGAAAGCUUGCGAGGCAUGCCCUCAAUGGCAGAGAGAUACGGAAUGCCAUUCGAACGGCCAGACAACUUGCGCUCUUCAGAGGACAGGCCCUCUCAUCCAUCCAUCUCGAGCAAACAAUUCGUGUAGCGAAAGAAUUUGACAAAUACAUCGAGGAUACGAAGGGUCACACGGACGCGGAGUUGGCAGAUGCAUUGGGCAUUCGCAAAGACAAGACAAGCAAGUUGAGGGACAUUUGA